UUUUUUGGCAAUGGUCUUCUUUCUAGCAAGUACUUCGUAUCAUCAGGUCUGCAUCGGCUUCACGUUCUGUUUCUCGUGAUACAAGGCGCGCAGAUGUAUGCCAGGACCAUACUGCCGCCCAAGGCAAGAGCAAUCAUAGCCAGGGUCGUCCAUGUGGUCGAGCUCGAGGUGACGCGGUUCGGCACCAGCCUCUUUAUCGUCGGCAACUCGACGACCUCCUCGGUCGACAGACCCCACCUUCUGGCCUUGGCGAUCAGUGAUCUCAGGCGCCGCGACGCUUUCUCGCAGGACCUCUUCGACGUCCGCUUAGAUAAGCCGUCUAAACAGUUCCCGAAGUGUCCCAUAAUACCGCGACGUGUCUCAUUCUUAAAUCAAUCCAAGUACUGAGACAAGUUUCGGACAUCGAAGCCCAAGAAUUCUUAGAAUCGGGCGGCGGGCGCAUAAAUCGACGCACGAGUCCUGUCUCCUUCGCCUAAUGCUAUAUCAUGGCCUGCGUCAUUUUCGUGGGAGAUAUUAUAUCUUCCAAAAUUUAAACAGCCCUCCCAAUUUGCGCCGUGCCCCGACUUGAAAAAAAACGGAUUUUUUCUGGUAGAUUAGCAUUGUACGACGAUUGAUGAUGCGAUCCUCGUUCUGACGAGCUUUGCUCAUUAUGGGCACUUUUGUGUUGUCACAAACUUUUCGGCAUAAUUAGUCCAAUCAUAUAACUGUUUUUGAUAGAUUUGUCAUUGUUAAAUGAGGCUCAUCUUGAAUUAUGUGUAGAAAAGUUACUCUUUUAUAAUUGUUCAUUAGCAGUUUACAUAGCUUUCUUAAUACAUAUUCUUCAAGAGAAACGAUGCAGCCCAAAUGAUUAU